GCGGCGUCGACCCGUGGGCGAGCCGAGCCAGAGCCUCGCCGCGACUCCAGCGUCUCCCGCGUCCCGCCCUCCAGCUCCACGGCCUCGCCACCGCCGCCAUGGUCGAAGCCGACCGUCCGGGGAAGCUCUUCAUUGGAGGGCUCAACCUGGAAACCGACGAGAAAGCCCUCGAGGCGGCCUUCGGCAAGUACGGCCGCAUCAUCGAGGUGCUCCUGAUGAAGGACCGGGAAACCUCCAAGUCCAGAGGCUUCGCCUUCGUCACCUUCGAGAACCCCGCGGACGCCAAGGCCGCCGCCCGCGACAUGAACGGCAAGUCCCUGGAUGGUAAGGCCAUCAAGGUGGCCCAGGCCACCAAGCCGGUGUUCGAGAGCGGCCGGCGCGGGCCCCCGCCCCCCCACAGCCGCGGCCGCCCGAGGGGCCUGCGCGGGAGCCGCGGCGGCGGCGGCGGCGGCCCGCGGCGCCCUCCGUCCCGGGGCGGGUCGGCCGACGAAGGCGGCUACGCGGGGGAUUUCGACCUGCGCCCCGCGCGGGCCCCGCUGCCGCUGAAGCGCGGGCCGCCGCCGCGCCGGGCCGGGCCCCCGCCCAAGAGAGCCGCGCCGUCGGGCCCGGCGCGCAGCGGCGCGGGCGUCCGCGGCCGGGCCCCGGGCUCGCGGGGCCGAGACGGCUACGGAGGCCCCCCGCGCCGGGAGCUGCCGCCGCCGCGCCGCGACCCGUACCUGGGCCCGCGCGACGACGGCUACUCGCCCCGGGAGAGCUACUCGAGCCGCGACUACGCGCGCGACCCGCGCGACUUCGCGCCCUCGCCGCGCGACUACAGCUACCGCGACUAUGGCCACUCGAGCGCGCGCGACGAAUGCCCUUCCAGGGGCUACUGCGAGCGCGACGGCUACGGGGGCCGCGAGCGCGACUACGCUGAGCACCCGAGCGGAGGCUCCUACCGAGACCCCUUCGACGGCUACGGGGACCCGCGGGGCGCCGGGCCUGCCCGAGGCCCGCCGCCAUCUUACGGCGGAGGCCGCUACGAAGAGUACCGCGGCUGCUCGCCCGACGGCUACGGCGGCCGCGACAGCUACCGCAGCGAGCGCUACUCGAGUGGCCGCGAGCGCGUGGGCAGGCCGGAGCGUGGGCUGCCGCCGUCUGUGGAACGAAGCUGCCCGACCCCGCGCGACUCGUACAGCCGCUCGGGCCGCCGGGCGCCCCCCAGGGGCGGAGGCCGAGUGGGAAGCCGCCUGGAGCGAGGUGGAGGUCGGAGCAGGUACUGAGCCCCCCGGACUGGGACUCGGACUCAGGACUCACGUCCAAGUCAAGAAAAGAAGAAUUCGUUUCCUGGUAACUCACCCAAGGACUAGGACUAAGAAGAAUCGUUUUCCUUAUUUUUACCGUUUUAAGAUUUUUUUCCCCCCAUGUUAACUACCUCUGCA